AUGGCUGCUGCUGCUUCUUCUGUUGGUGUGGAGAAUCCCUUCAAGCGGCCAAUGAAUACAUUGCAAAAGCAAUGGUAUCGUGUUCUCUUGGCAAGACGUGUGGGAUUCGGUCAACGGCCGCCCAAGGAUGAUAGGGAGCCAACAUAUGCCGAUGUUUGCCAGAAGCGUUAUGCCGCCGCAUUUCGUCAAUAUAACGAACGUUUCCGUCAUGAAAUGGCCAAACACGAAGAGAUGCAACGCUGUGCCAUCGAUGCAAUGCGUGUGCACAGAACCUUUGCCAUUACCACUCUCUGGUUGCCCUUGCAUUCGAAACGUGAAAUCAACGCAACACUGGAGACACUUGAGCAGGUUUUGACUAUCAAGGAAAGACGACGCCUUCAGGAGAUACUCAAGCAAAAUGAGUCCUUGCGCUCUCGACGCUGAGCUAAGUGGCUGAAAAGGAGCCAUCAGCAUCAUCUUCAUCAACAUCACCAGCAACAUUUAAGUGAAUUCCUUUUAGCUUCACAUUCACUUUACUCUUCUUCUAUU